AGGAUGCCAGGCGCCCCCCCUGGCGCCAGAGCUUCCACCUGGGAUGCAGGGUGAAGGAGCAACUAAUUCUUCAAGUCCUGUCGCAACAGCUGCUUUGCCCCUACAGCCCACUCCUGUAACAUCCUUACAGCCAUUCCAUGGUGGACAAAUUUGUGCCUUGCCUGGCCAACUAAGAAUCCAGCCCUCUCUGUGGAACAAGGAUGAUGUGAUUCACUGGUUAAGAUGGGCAGAAAAAGAGUACUCACUCAGGGAAUCAGAGGAAAGCAAGUUUGAAAUGAAUGGAAAGGCUCUUUGUAUUCUCACAAAAGAAGAUUUCAGACUCCGGUCUCCUAAUUCAGGAGAUGUUUUGUAUGAGUUACUCCAGUACAUUAAGACCCAGAGAAGAGCCCUUGUUUAUAGCCCUUUUUUAAAUCCUCCAUUUCAGGAUGCGGUACUUUCACAGACUCAAGGCACUACAGAAGAAUGUUCAAGUGUCACUAAUGGCCACCGAAGACACACAGAGCAAUCCAGAUCUCCCUCAAAGUUGUUCUACACCCCUGGGGUAUUCUCUCUUUCUCAGCACAACACUGGGAUCUGUUACAGGGCAGAUGUUUGUUCUUUUCCUGCAACAUCACCAGAUCCAGUUAGUGGUAAGAUCGCAGACUGCAGGUUACUUUGGGAUUAUGUCUACCAGCUCCUCUGUGACAGCCGAUAUGAACCAUUUAUCAAAUGGGAAGACAAAGAAGCCAAGAUCUUUCGGGUUAUUGAUCCUAAUGGACUUGCCAGACUUUGGGGGAAUCACAAGAAUCGUAAGAACAUGACAUAUGAGAAGAUGUCAAGAGCCCUGAGACAUUACUAUAAACUCAACAUCAUUAAAAAGGAACCUGGACAGAAACUUUUAUUCAGAUUCCUGAAAACUCCUGGAGAAAUCAAACACGAUAAAACCACUAAGUUUGAACAGCUAGAUAAUGAAGAUCAAGAAGGGGAAGACUGGAAAGAUGACAGGUUGGAAAUCUCACCAUAAACAUUUGCCAUGCAAAGGUUUAAAACAAUGACGUGAAGGAAAUUAAUGCCUCAGCAGUGUGUUUAUGUUGUAGUUUUCUGUAACUCAAAUGGAUGAAUUUAACUACCACAUCUUUACUGCAGUUGCACUUGCCCACCUCCUUUUAACUACUGUUAAAUUAUACGAACUUUGUAAAUACAUAGCAGUGAGCUGUAUGCAAAACAAAAUCCUCAGAACCAGCUGCUUACCAUUCCUCAUAUCGGGAAUGAAGCAUGUACUUUAGUGCUUUGCUACAGCAGAAAGAGGCUGACUGCACAGAUAGGCUGAGGAGAGGUAUAUCUUUUGUUUUUGAGAAUGGAUGACACUAUAAAAUAAACUGAUCAGGAAGUGUGA